AUGUACGCAUCGCCCACACCCGCCAGUGACCCCUCCCUCCGCGUCCGCCGCGCCAUCACGGCCAACGACCCCCUCCUCGUCAAGCGCAUCCUCAAAUCCCACCCGGGCCUCCUCCACAACCCCGACUCCUCCCCGCUCGGCCUCUCCAACUCGAACCUCCACCUCGCCGCCUCCCUCGGCCACCUGCCCAUCUGCCGCGUCCUCCUCGACGCCGGCCACGAAGACCCCGACCCGGCCCUCAACGAGUCGCACCAGACCGCCCUCAUGCUCGCCGCUACCGCCGGCCACACCGACGUCGUCCACUUCCUCUGCGAGCGCACCCCGCACGUCAUCCUGCGCCGCGACAUCCGCUGGCGCGACGCCAUCAUGGAGGCCUCCCGCGGCGGCCACGACACGGUCCUGCAGAUCCUGCUGACCUACGUCCCCAGCGGCGCGCGCGACGCCGUGAAGAGGGCGGAUUUGGACGGCAACACGGCGCUGCACUUUGCGAGUGGGAACGGGAACCUGUUGGUGCUGAGGACGCUGCUGGCUGCCGGCGCGGAUGCGGAGAGGCGGAACAUGUGGAGCUGGACGGCGAUGAGUUACAGCGCGACGGUGCAGGCGGAGGUGUACCUCAAGGGCUUGGUCACGGAGGUGGAGAGGCGGAAGAUGGUCAGGCGAGAGGUAGAGGAGCUGAAGAAGGCGGGCGGCGUGAGGGUUGUUGAGGAGGAUGUCGAGGUGGAGGAUUGA